AUGAAGAUCGCAGUUGAGGGAUGUUGUCACAGUGAAUUAGAUAAGAUUUAUAAGGAAUUAAAGCGUCAAGAAGAGAAGACACAGAGCCAGGUUGAUGUAUUAUUAAUUGCGGGUGAUUUUCAGGCAGUACGUAAUGAGGCGGACCUAGAAUGUUUAUCAGUCCCGAAAAAAUAUCGAAAAUUGGGUGAUUUUUCGUCAUAUUAUUCGGGUGAAAAGAAAGCACCAGUUUUAACGAUUUUUAUUGGGGGAAAUCAUGAAGCAAGCAAUUAUUUAUGGGAAUUAUAUUAUGGAGGAUGGGUGUGUCCGAAUAUAUACUAUAUGGGGGCAGCAAAUAUUAUAAAUAUAAGUGGAUUACGAAUAGCAGGGUUAUCUGGUAUUUAUAAAGAAAAGGAUUAUAAAAAAGGACAUUUUGAAAAAGUCCCGUAUAAUAUAGCAUCGUUGAAAAGUGUAUAUCAUGUUCGAGAGUUUGAGGUGUGUAAAUUAUUGAAUACGGCGAGGACAAGACCUAUUGAUAUUUUUCUUUCUCACGAUUGGCCGCGAGGAAUUGAGAGAUAUGGAGAUUUAAAAAGAUUAUUAUCGAUAAAGCCGUAUUUUUUUGAGGAUAUUCAAAACAAUUGUUUGGGAUCAGCGGCUAAUGAACGGUUAAUGAAUGAAUUACAGCCAGCAUAUUGGUUUGCGGCACAUAUGCAUGUAAAAUUUGAGGCAAUAAAGAUACAUAAUGCAAAUGAAAAUUGUAAAGAAAACCCAGAUGAAAUAGAUUUAAAUGAAGAAGGAGAAGAAGAUGAAGCUAUUACUAAAAUUGAAAAACCUCAUAAAGCUACACGAUUUUUAGCACUUGAUAAAUGUAUACCAGGACGUCAUUUUUUAGAAAUUCUUGAUAUUCCAACGCCUCUUGAGACGAAUGAAAAACCAAUACUUUCAUAUGAUGUAGAUUGGUUGGCUAUUUGUAGAGUGUUUCAUUCAUAUUUUUCAAUUGAAUAUCAACAACCGUCACUCCCCUGGGAUAAUGUAUAUUUGGAAAAAGAAAUAGAAAAAGAAAAGAAAUGGGUAUAUGAUCAUAUUGCUCAAUCAUAUGGAUUAGAAAUACCUCAACAUUUUGAGCAUACCGCACCUACUGCAGGAAAUGCCUUUUUGGAACAUCCACGUAUGAAAAUAUCUCUUGUAUUUGGUAUAGACUCAUGUUCCAUAUAG